AGUUAGUAGAUUAAAGCCGGAUGGAGACGUGGCCUGCAGUGUCGAACAUAUGAACCAGCCACCAACUGCAUCACAUACUAGCAGAUACAAGCCAGAAGGAUAUACAGCCUCACUGAUAGAUGGGCGCACACAACGCAGCAUCAAUGUCACCUUUUCUUUCAAUCCAGAUCGCCUCAAGCAUGCCAGACAAUAUGUGGAGAGAGCCAUCAAGCAAAGGAAGAUCUUUAUGGUCCAUGGUCCGUACCCCGUCAUCCGAAGACAACUUCUUGUCAGAGGUUGGGUGGAGAGGAAGUUCCCAAAGAUGCCUAAAGUUGUUACUAAGCGGGGACGUUUCCCUGAUGGCGAAGCUGAUGAUGAUGGCGAUGACAGUGAUGUAACUGACUAUGAUGAGGAAGAGGAAGAUGAGCAGGAUGAUACAGAUGGUAUCUAUAACCUCAUGUCAAGGUUGGUUCGUAACCAGAUCCCCUACUUCAUCUGGACCAAUCGGCGAGAUGUGAUUGAUUGUCGCUACAUGCGCAAGGACCAGAUGAUGAAUCACUAUGCCAAGGCAGGGACCUUCACUACCAAGGUAGGGCUGUGUCUUAACCUGCGUAACCUCCCAUGGUUUGACCAAGCUGAUGCAGAUACAUUUUUCCCACGGUGUUAUCGUCUUGGAGCUAAAGAUGAAAAACAUGCUUUUAUUGAGGACUUCCAUCUCACUGCAGCCAGGAGCCUUCUCAAAAUAGUGGUGAAACGAUACUGGAAAAAGCCGACUUUCAUCACAGCCUUGGAUGAAAAUCAGAACGAGUUCCUAGGUCGUCCGGGGUCUUCAGAAGCCAAGCAUCGCAUCCGCCACAAGAAAGGGGCCAAUUUCUCAGCCCAGCUGAUUGAGACAGCAAUACACGCUUGCGAGGAGCACUUGAGCAGCCUGAAACAUCAGGACAUCGACCGAGAAUCGGGAUCUACCUUGCAGCUGUCAAAAGGACACUGGCAGGACUUUCUGCACAGCUACUAUCAGAUCGCUCACGAAGGGGCCCAGAUGACGCAGACAGAGAGCCUCAUUGAGCGCUGUGAUGAUAUCUUGCAACGACUGCAAAAAGUCGUCCCACAGCUGGACAUGGAAGGGGACAGGAACAUCUGGAUUGUCAAACCAGGAGCUAAAUCUCGUGGCAGAGGCAUCAUGUGCAUGGACCGCUUAGAGGAGAUUGUGAAACUAGUGGACUGUGACCCCAUGAUUGUCAAGGAUGGCAAAUGGGUGGUGCAGAAAUACAUCGAGACACCCCUGCUCAUCUUUGGCACCAAGUUUGACUUGCGGCAAUGGUUUUUGGUAACUGAUUGGAAUCCUCUCACCAUAUGGUUCUAUCGACAUAGCUACAUCCGUUUCUCUACACAGCCCUUUUCCUUACACAAUCUGGAUACGUGA